AUGGUGAGAGCCGGUCUAGCCUCGGCUGAAAAGGAACCGAAGCAGCCCUCAUGGUGGGAUUUGUGCCAGCAGCUCGAAGAAAGGCGGAAGCAGCAGGACUUGAGGCUCGAGGCAUUCUUCAAGAACGAGCAGGAUGAACUCCCGGAGCAGGAAGGAGAUCUUUGGUGCUCCCUCGCCACCCACUUAAUCCGUCUGAACUUCGUCGACCGUGCGCGCGAGAUCUACGAAGAAGGCCUCAUGAGCGUUUUCUCGCUGCAAGAUCUCUUGCGGAUAUUCAACACCUAUACUGGCUCCGAGUAUAAUCUCUUACGCAAGCUGAUGUCGAAAAAGAUCAAGACCCGAGAAGAGGAACUCGAGCUCGAGCUCGGAUGGACCCGAUACGAAUCUCUCGGCGAUCCCGUCGAAGUCGUGAGAAUCUUCUCCGAAGCAGUGCACACGAUCGAUCCGCGGUGGGCCUGCGAAGGACAAGUGUCCCAGAUUUGGAUCGCUUUCGCUCAAUACUACGAGUCGAGGGGGCAAAUCGAUGAUGCCAGGGUCGUUUUCAAGAGAGCUCCGCGGGCUAGUUACUCUAGCAUCGAUGAGCUUGUGGAAGUGUGGUGUGAGUACGCCAAAAUGGAGCUGCGUAACGACGAACCGGGUUUAGCUAUCGCUGUCUGUCGCAGGGCGUUAGACAUCUCGACGGAUGACGCAGACCCCGGAAAUGUGCGUGAUGAAUCGACAGUUGAGCUUUGCAAGAAAAGGAAGUUGUUGAAGACUUACACGGCCCUCGAAGGGGGCUUCGGACUCGUGGAUGCGCAGAUGCUCCUCAACGUCGCGCUCUUUUUCGAGAGGCGCUCUGAGUUCGAUGCUGCCUUCCGAUUUUAUGAAGGUAGCAUCGGAAUGAGCGAGUGGCCGGAAGCCUUCGACAUCUGGAGCAUGUAUCUGACGAGGUUCAUGCAGCUCUACGGUAGGAAGAGAAGGGAUCUGGUACAAGAACUCUUCGCAAUGUGCUUUGCGGAAUGUCCACCAGAGUGGUACGAAGAGGUUCUCGCGCUGCGUCGCGAGCUCGAAGACUCGUACGGGCUCAGACAACGCACCAAGGGCGUUUGCAGCAGAGCUGAGGAGAUUGUAAAGAACCUUCUUCUUCCACCCUUCCUUUAA